AUCAUUACAGUGAGUUUCUUUGGUGAGAAAAGUAAAAUUCCCCAUAAGGAAUCAUGAAGUAUUUUUUGCUUGUGCUUUCGUGCUACUUUGCAUUAGCUUUUGGAGAAGAUUACGCUGCGAAUAUUCAUUUUAUUGUGUACAAAGAUAAUGUUCCUUUUAACCUUUCGGACACUGCAAGUGGAAAUCCCAUUGAGGAAGGACUAUGUAGUGCAGAUGAUCAACUGGCGGUGGUUGUCUAUGGAUGGAUUGAAAGCUGUUCUACUGGUUGGAUGGUGGAUCUCAUAUCGAAUCUCACGGAAUACCGAGGAGGGUGCAUCAUAUGCAUGGACUACGGUUACUACGCGGAAAAACCUUACAUUACCUACCCAAUUAUUUUGACGCAAUUUAUGGGAAUUCGCGAUGUUCUACAUCAAGAAAUGGAAGAUUUACGUACUUUUGGAUUUUCUCCAAGUAAAACCUAUAUGUUUGGAAUGAGUUUCGGAGCUCAGCUUGUUCUACAAUCUGCUGAACUUCUUACAAAUAAAAUCAAAGAAGUUGAUGUUUGUGAUCCCGCUGGACCGGGUUUCGUGGCUACACCUGAUCCAAGACAAGCCGCUGAGAAUGUCCAGUGCGUCCAUACAAGUGUAGACCUUGGAACUUUGGAUAGACGGUGCCAUCAAGAUUGGAAUAUGGGGCACUGUGGACUGUACCAAGAUGCAGCUAAACCUACUUUACGUGACACGGGUAAUCACGCAACUUGUCCCAUUUUCUACAACAGCGCCUUCCGCAAUGACUUCAAAGCUAUACCAAUGCCACUCGAAUGUCUUCUGCCACAAGCUUUGGAUAUUUUGGAUUUUCUAACUCUCACUCCUUGCAACAACUACCCCACUGGCUUCAAAAUGGGUUACAUGCAAAGGGAUAAACAAGGCGUAUGUGGCUCUAAAGGUGGUAAUCUCUAUGCCAAGACCACCGCAAACUACCCUUAUAACUAACCAAGCAACAUAACAGUUGAACAUGUUAAAAUAAACAUCAAAGGAAUAGAAGAAGGAAAUGGAAAAAAUUGCACUAAUUCAAUCGAUAUUAAUCUAUUUUUUUUUCAAAAUUUUCACUUAAAUUAAUUCAACAAACGAAACAAACUUUUUGGAAUGAAAUUAAAUUACUACCUAGGUAGUAUAGGUAAUUUUAUUUAAAUUGACUGAUUCAUGUAAAUAAUGUAAAUUUUGGAAUUUUAAUAAAGUAAAAAACUAUGUUUUUUCGCACAAAAAA